AUGCCCCCAUUAAACGGUGGUGAUGACACAGUUCGGGUAUUAAGAAACCACCAUACGAUUAUGAUAUCAUUGGGACAACCCCAUCUGAAGCUUCUAAUUGAGGUUCACUAUCGCACAGUGGUCAUCAUGAAUGGCCCACUUCCAUCCGCAACAGAGACAAGAACAACUCAAUACCCUCUCGAUCGUCUCAUGGUGUUUAGUUUGUCCCGACAAGAACUCGAAAAAGUAAUACCAAAGUAUUACGACAUGAGUGUUCUUUCAAAGAACAAAACAAAUGAAUUAUAUGAAAAAAUGGAAAAUCGGUUGACUUUGCCGAUUCGAUGGGAUUCUCUAAUUGUGGAGGCCAUCAUCUCAAAGGUGAUGGACAUAGACACACGCAAAAGCAGUAAUAGUCCAAGAGAUUAUAAUUCUGCACAAGAUGUCCAAGCAAAAGAGAAAAUCGUCAACAAAAUGCUAUCGAGAACAUUUGCCAAACUCAAGGCAGACGAGAUGGUUGCAAAAUAUCAAAUCCUCCGAUAUGCACUCCUUGACCCAGAUCUGAAUCCAAUUGGCUGUUGCCACUCUUAUAAAACCGCCUUUGCCAACUCCAUUUGCAAUAGUUACUCGGCCGAGGUGGCCGAGACCUGCAAAAGGAUGGUGGAGAGUGCUUUAGACCGUCAAGAUGACCGAAACAUAUUCCACCACGAGUCCAAGUUGGUGUCGGAUCUUCUGGAGGAUAUACUUGCCAAAAUAGAUGAUGGUGAUAUCGGUGAAGGGUACCAAGCUCUCAAACUAAUAUUUUCAUCUCAACCAUUAAAAGAUCAUAAUUUGGAAUGCGAAAAGAAAAGGUCAAAAUUAAAAGAGGAAAGAGAGGCCAAGCAAAAUCAAGAGCCAGCCAUUCCCAAGGAAAAAAAAAAGAAGAAACAGUUUUUGGGUGACAAAAGGCCUGAAAACUUUGAUGAAAUCAAUUUUGAUGGAUCUGUUUAUUCAAUAUCAAAUUUGGCCACAGAUUUAGAGAUUGAUAGCAAAAAUGUAAAGAAAUUAAAGGUUGAAGAACAUAUAUCUGGUGAUUAUUUACAAUCUGAACUCUCAUCAAAGUUGGAAGCGUUGAUCCAAUCAUCAACAUCAAUAAGUGCCUGGAGUGGAGAGGACAAUUCAAUCGAUUUUUCAAAGUUGACAAAAGAUCAAUAUCCAUCUUUAAUGGAUUUUUGUGAAUCAAAUGGAUACAAGUUUCCAAAAGGAUAUGACCCUACAGGAUUGAAAUCCCUCAUGACGUCCGAUUUGGAGACGAUAAAAACUACUCCUUUCGCAUUGAAUAGCUUUGCACCACAA